CUCCCUCCGCCAGCUUUUUCCUACGAAAGAAACGGUCGGUUUGCUAGCAACACUUUAGACAGGUUUCGGUGGAGGUCGCUUUACACUACCAAUUAGGUUGCUGUUGCAUUUGUACUUUCGGGCCUGGAAUGAACACCUCGUAAACUUUUUACCGUUGUUGUUCCCGACUAUUGUAUUAAGCCGUCAUUAGGGGUGGUCAGCAGUUGGGCGAAAAAGUGAGGAUGGUGAAUGAGCGCAGCCCGAGAACGGUUGCAGUGGCAUGGCUAAUAUUGGGUGUGCGGUUAGCUUUCGGGCAGUCUGCAACAACAUCCAUAGAUCCAGCAUCCUAUUUAGCGGCGCAGGUUAACGUGCCGAAGUACCAUGUGAACGACAUCUGGAAAGCACAUACUCAUCUUGCUAACUAUGCUGAAAUUGAAGGCGCUGCUAGGGACACGUUCUCCACACUACCUCGCGAGUAUGAGAAGGACUACAGGAAUCCCUGCUGGCAGGACGAGGGCAACUUCAAGUGCAUGCCCUACUUCCAAAUCCUAGGCGUGUCAAAAAGCGGCACGACGGACCUUUACAACCGCCUAACAGAGCACCCAGACAUGGUGGACUGCAGUUGGAAGGGCCCCCACUUUUGGGACGAGGCGGUGUACCCCGUCCGCAACCGACGGCCGGGCCGCUACGACGGCUCCUUUCCCGCCUACAUUGCCAUCUUUGACAAGGCGGCGCAGCGCAUCAAGGCCAACCCUGCAGCCAUCACGGGGGAGGCCUCCUCCAACACCUUCACCGCAGUCUACUCGCACCUGCGUGGCCGCACCCUGACCAAGCGCAUCAACGCCACUCUGUCGCAGUACCUGUGGGAGGCCUCCCCUUGGGCGCGAUACGUGGUCAUGUUCCGGGACCCGGUCACCCGCUACCGCUCCGCAUUCUUCUACUACCGCGCCAAGAACCUGCCGGCCGCCACGGACCGCGAGUUCCUGGAGCGGGUGACGGCGGACAUAUCGGAGUGGGAGGCUUGCAACGGUGCCAACACCCGCCUCUACUGCCUCAAGACCUACAUGCCCCAGCAGCUUGUGAAGGGCAUGUACGCGGAGUUCCUGCCCGCCUGGCUGGCGGUGUGGCCGCGGGAGCGCCUGCUGAUCAUGCGCACCGAGGACUACAAGGCAGCGCCCGUGGAGCACGUCACGGCCACAAUCAAGUUCCUGGGUCUGCGCGACCUGACCGCGGAGGAGAUGAAGGGCAUCACCUCCCUGGCGGCCAAGAACACCCAGUCCUCCAAGUACAAUGACACCCAGUCGGAGAGUGGUGAGCUGGCGCAGGCAUACCAGCUGCUGAGGGACUUUUACAGGCCCUACAACCAGCGGCUGUCUCAGGCGCUCGGCAACGACCCGCGGUGGCUGUGGGGCUACUGAGCAACAGCAGCGGGGCCCUCCUGUCCCUGGAGGUGGGCUGUCAUGUACCCUAUGUGUGCGGGGAAAAGAAGAAUACCCAAUGUGGGAGGGGGUGUGGGGGGGGGUGUGGGGUCAACACUGGCCGGUGUGUUACCGGUGUGGUGGUCCGGUGAGGGGACUGGGAUGGAAUGCGAGGUCCAGAGGUUUUGUCAGUGCGACCAGGGUCAGUGCGAUGGAGGCACGGUAUUACGUAACGCAACGACGCGACCUGGGUUCUAUGCGAAGUUGGGAUUAAAGGAAGAGCGGUGCGUGGGGUGCCGCAGUCGUGGGGCUGCUCCCUCAAGGAAUGAGGAGGUAUAAAAGAGGACAAGAUGGGAUGGGGAUGCGGAAUUGGAACUAUGCGAGCAAUCCACCUUACUCGGUGAUGGGAGGCCUUGUGUACACAGGGCAGUUAUGAGAAAGCUUAGGCAUGUGUCUUGCUGCAAAUGCGCCUGUAUAGUGCUCGAUGUAUUGCUGUGUAGGACGGGUUGUGAACGGUAAUGACACAUGCGCACGUGCGUGGCUAUGUUUCACUUCAUCUCAUUUGGGGCCCCAUCACAAUAGGGAACCGUGUGCAUCUAUCGUAGCCAGUGUGCCAUGUGAGCUCCAGGGGGCAGGGGCUGUAACCCCCAGCUGUCACGGU